AUGUCGACAGAGGAAGAUUAUUCAAAAUUGCCUCUCGAAGAUAGAUUGGUCCAUAAGAUCUGGAAAGUCCGUCUAGGGGCGUACGACGAGCUUCUGGAUAAUUUUGCCAAAUCAGCAGGAGAAAAUGACACUUGCUUUGCUGCCUACUUAUCUAACCCUUCGCUCUUUAAGAAAAUUGCUGGUGAUUCCAAUGUCGUCGCGCAAGAAUCAGGUAUCGCGGUGAUUAACAACUUCCUUCAAUAUUGUGGACCAAAUGCUUGCUUGAAAAUCCGUUCGCAAGUGGUUGCUCCAUUGGUUGAGAAAGGGUUGGCAUCUUCUAGAGCCGGGUCGAAGCUGAAGACAAUUGAAGCAUUGCAUUUAUUGAUUGAAUUGGAUGAGCCGACGCCCGUCAUCGAAGAAAUCACGCCUUAUUUAAAACAUAGACUACCAAAGCUCGUAGCAGGUACUGCGAAUGCAUUAUAUGAGCUUCUAAAGAGUUUCGGUACAAACACAAUCGAUCCUAAAUUUAUUUUGCCUCAUUUACCAAAAUUAUUUUCUCAUGCCGAUAAGAAAGUUAGAAUUGAGGCCACUAAUAUUGCCAUCGAAUUGUAUAAAUGGAUGGGGAAAUCAAUAGAGGCUUUGCUUCUCAAUGAUUUGAAAGUCGUGCAACAAAAAGAAUUGUCCGCGGAAUUUGAAAAAUUGGGUGAUGUUAGACCUCAACAGACCAGAUUGUUAAGAUCUCAGCAAGAACAAUUAUCAAGAUAUCAGAAUCAAAACAAUAAUAAAGGAAAUGGUGAGAAUCAAGAUGAUGACGAUGUAAAUAUGACAGAAAGUGGGUCUUCCGAGGCUGAUCCAUUUGAUUUGGUGGCGCCAACUGAUGUAUUAUCGAAGAUCCCGGCCUCUUUACCAAUCCAAAUUAAAUCCAGCAAAUGGAAAGAAAGAAAGGAAAUAUUAGAAGAGAUCCAGCCAUUAUUCAAGGAGUUGAAGUAUAAAUUAGAUGAUUAUUCUGAAUUCAUUAAAACCAUGGCCAAGUGUAUGAAGGAUGUUAACUUGCAGGUGGUGCAAUUGGCAGCAGAAAUUACUGAUAGUUUGGCUAAAGGUUUGAGACUGGAUUUUAACAAAUACUUACCGUUAAUUUUCGUUCCAGUUUUAGAGAGAACCAAAGAAAAGAAACCUCAAGUUCUUGAUCCUCUAUUGAAUUUAUUGGAUACAAUGUUUAAAUAUUCAUCUUUAUCGAUAACAUUAGAGGAUACCAUUGGUGUAUUACAAAAGAGCAAAAUCCCCAAAGUAAAAGAGGAAGUCCAUAAGUUUCUCACUAAAUGUUUGCUGAAAACUCCAGUCAUUCCUACCCAAGGUGAAAUAGAGAUGAUAAUGAAUCAAUCCAUUAAGACCUCAGCAGAUAGUCAGGCCCCAGUUCGUAAUGCUGCUCAAGAAACUAUUGGUACCUUGAUGAAAGUAGUUGGUGAAAGACCUUUAAAUCAAUAUAUGGACAAAUUUGACGAUAUAAAACGGAAAAAAAUCAAAGAAUUCUUUGAAAAAGCUGAAGUUAGCGUGAAGCCAACUUCCGCGGUCAGUAAUAAUGCUGCUAAGAGAGCACCAACCGGAAAACCUGUUGGUAAAAAACCACCAUCCAGGAAUCCCUUGAGUGGAAACCCUCGGCUAUCUAUUGAUAAGAUAUCUCCCCCGCCAACAGUUGGUAUCGAGAGUGGGUUGAAAAAGAAAAAUAUGGCGAGCAUACCGAGUAAAAGAGAAGCUAGCUCUCCUUUGAAAAGAAAUGACGUUAGUUUAAAAUCAAGCAGGGGGUUGACUUCCAUGGUGAUCAAUAAAUCACAUAAUGGAUCGUCAUUGACAAGCAAAUUGGAAAAUGUGGCAUUCAACAGUAACUUUAGCGCGAUAAGUGUUGAGGAAUUGAAAGAAUUGGAGCAACUACGCACUGAAAAACAAUCGUGGGUAAAGCAAAAACAGGAAUUACAGAAUUCUCUAGAAAUUUCUAGUCAAGAGAAAAAGCUCUUGCAAACUGAAAUGGAAUCCUUCAAAUUGAGGUAUCAACAACUUGUGGACGAAACCACGGGGAUAAAUUUGAAAUUAAAAUCCAAGGAUACCCAAAUAUCUAGAUUGAUAGUUGAUUAUGAAAAGUCGCAACAAACAUUGUUUGACUUGCAAGAAAAAUAUUCGCAAUUGCAGAAAUCAAAAAACAGCAUAUCAAGAAUGAGCAUGCCUUCGACAUCUCAAUUAGCAAUGAACUUUUCUUCGACACCCAAAUUUUCUAAUCUAGAUAAGAGUAAAAGAAAUAGUACCUUGGGGAUUAUGACCAAGAGUGGCGGGGGUUUUGGUCAACCAAUAGCAUUUUCAAAGCAACAUUCAAGGCCAAGUCAUUCACCAACUCCUCCAUCAAAUCAUUCACCAAAUCAAGAGUCUGGUUUACCGUCAAAUACUAAAUCAUUGGCCAACGAUAUAAAUACUGGGGUAGGGAAACUCACAAUUGAAGAGAAGGAAAACACUGGUAUUUCUCGAAAUAAGUCUCUGUCAUUUAGAAAUGAUCCAAGACCAACGGGAUUAAAUACGGAUAAUGAUGAGGAGUGGAAACGGGCAAACGAAGUCACGAUAAAUUUGAAAGCAAGGAUUGAAAAGAUGAAGUAUCGCUCGAGAAAUAUUUAA